AGAGACUGUCUGACUUGUUCCCAUCGUGGAUGAUCUUGACAGUGAAUCUACUGAGCCAUGUCGUACAGUGCGGGUUUUGGGGAUCCUAAUCAACUUGCCCAGCGCAUAACUUCUAACAUCCAGAAGAUCACGCAAUGCUCUGCCGAAAUACAAAGAAUACUCCAUCAGCUUGGAACACCACAAGACACACCAGAGUUGAGGCAACAGCUGCAGCAGAAGCAGCAAUACACCAACCAGCUUGCCAAAGAAACUGACAAAUACAUUAAAGAGUUUGGAUCUUUGCCUGCAACAAGUGAACAGCGUCAAAGAAAAAUACAGAAAGACCGUCUUGUGGGGGAGUUCACCACAGCACUAACAAAUUUCCAAAGACUCCAAAGGCAAGCUGCUGAGAAAGAAAAAGAGUUUGUAGCCAGAGUAAGAGCCAGCUCAAGGGUAUCUGGCGGUGCUCCUGAAGAUAGCUACAGAGAAGGAACGCUUGUCUCUUGGGACAGUCAACCGCAAGCACAAGUGCAAGAUGAAGAAAUUACAGAAGAUGACCUCCGUCUUAUUGAGGAGAGGGAGUCUUCCAUUAGGCAGCUUGAGGCAGAUAUUAUGGACAUCAAUGAAAUUUUUAAAGAUCUAGGAAUGAUGAUUCAUGAACAAGGUGAUGUGAUAGACAGCAUAGAAGCCAAUGUGGAAAAUGCAGAGGUACAUGUGCAGCAAGCAAACCAGCAGCUGUCAAGAGCGGCAAACUACCAGCAAAGGUCCCGAAAGAAGAUGUGCAUCCUUAUGGUUAUACUUGCUGUUGGAGUAUUGCUUCUUGGAAUCAUCAUAUGGUUACUUGUAAAAUAAGUCUGGAGAAAACAUAAUUGGUAUUUAAAUUAUGAAAGGAAAUUCCUAGUCAUGGUUUGCUCAUUGUGAAACUGAGUAAGAUAAUGGUUCUGUACUUCAUCACACUUACCUUUUUUAUAAGAGUUUUUUGGGUUUUUGUUUUAACCCGAGAAGUAACGUUCUCGAUACUACUGUCAGUAUAACUGCCUGCCCUCUUGGAUGUGGGUGCCAUCUUACCAGAAAAAACCCAGUCAAGUCAUAAACUGUUCCAUUAACUUAAACAUAGAAGCCUCUUAAGGUUUAGGGGGCUAAUCGAAAUCCUGGUAAUUUGUUUUGACGGGCAUGUAAUUAUCUUUUGGGAUAUUGCUAAAUGUUGCUGCCAAAACAAACUCCUGAAUUGUUGCUUGAGGCAAUGAAUUCACAUCUCAGAAUUUAUUUUUGAGUUAGAAAUGACUUUCUAUCACUUUCCCUUCCCUCCCAGUCACCUACCCAUUUGAUAUGGGUGGUUCAGAAAUAAAACGUAGGUUGCUGAAGUUGGUGUGAUCUCUCUUUUAUAACUAAAGCCUUUGAAUUAAGCCUACAGUUUGCCUGUAAUCUUUUAGAUGCUUCAUAUAUCUCUGUAUCUGGC